AUGCUGCAAAAUUCUCAACAAGAUAUUGACGCUCCUUCCAACCCGUGUAUGAGUCAACAGCAACAGCCUCCAUUUCCUCAACACCAACAACAGCACCACUUUCCUGCUCAAGCCUGUACUAUUUGGAUGGGUGAUCUAAGCCCUGAUUGGGAUGCUAGUUAUAUUCGAGAAGCUUUUGGACAGUAUGGGAAGGAUAUUGUUAAUGUGAAGAUGGUGACUACUGACCAAGGAGCCAGGAAAGCUACUUAUUGCUUCGUUGAAUUUUCUAAUCAAGAUUCUGCGCGUGAUGCUCUUUUGGAUGUUAAUGGGAAACCGUUUCCAAAUGACUCGUCUGGAAGAGCACGUUUUAAUCUUGCAUUUGCCAACUCUCCACAUCAAAUGUAUUUUUUUCUAAAUUUUUUUUAA